AUGGAGACGGGCGAGCAAAAGGACAGCAAGAAGGCGAGAGUAGAUCCGCCACCGGCUCCUUUAGUGCCGCACUGUAUGGUGAGCAUUGACAUGGCCAAGCUCCAGUGCCCCGUCUGUACCCACCCCUUGAAGCCUCCCAUCUUCCAGUGCGCCGCCGGGCACUUGGCUUGCGGUGCCUGCCAUGGCCAGCUCGCCGACAAGGACCGGUGCUACAGCUGCGCCAACCCCGGUGGGUACAGCCGCAACUUGCCGCUGGAAGACGUCGUCCGCUCCACCAAGGUCUGGUGCCCCAACUCUCCAUACGGCUGCAAUAGCCCCAUGAUGAUCUUGCACGAGAUGGACGACCACCAGCGCAAGUGCCCACACGCGCCCUGCCGCUGCCCGGAGCCCGGCUGCGCCUUCGUCAGCUCGGCGGCGUGGUUCGGCUACCACCUAAUGGUCACGCAUUCCUGGCCCGUGAACAGCAUCGGCUACGGCAAGGCAUGCCAACUCCAGCUGCCGGAGUCAAAGCCGCGGUGCCUGCUGGCGGCGAUGGAGGACGGGCGCUUGUUCGUCGUGUCCGUGGCGGCGCUCCGCGACAGCGUCUCGCUGGUGUGCCUCAGGGCGAAUGCCGCGGCGGGGCCGCACUACACGUGCAAGAUGUGGGCGACCGGGAGCGCGGCCGCGGCGUCCGGCAAGGUACCGACCGUCUCGGUGGAGAUGGAGGUGCCGAGCAGCGCGGUGGCCACGGGCAUGGAGGCCAAAGUCGCGGCAGCACUAGCUGUGCCGCGCAAGAUGCUGCACGGGCCAUCCAAGGAGCUGCACCUCAACGUCAGAAUCGACAAGGUGCAGACAUGA